UAGUCAUACCCGUAUUGCAGUUAUUUCUUACAACUAGAAAAUAUUUUGACUGUUUUCACAUGUUUUCGCGAUACCAAACCGGCAACAUGAAAGAAGAGCUCCAGAAAGCAAUUGAUAUUAAGUCAGUUAAUAAAGCUGGCGCUAUAGACAUUCUUCAUAGUAUUGUGAAGCGUGAUGUAGACAUGAAUAAUGAGGAGAGUGUGAAGGUGAAGGAGCAGGCUGUCCUGGAACUGGGUCAGCUGCUGGCCUCCACCAACCAGGCAGAGGAACUAGGGGGUCUGAUCAAGUUUACUCGCCCAUUCCCUUUGACUCGCCUGUUUGCAGAACUAGGGGGUCUGAUCAAGUUUACUCGCCCAUUCCUGGGGAUGGUGAGCAAGGCAAAGGCAGCCAAGCUGGUGAGAGCCCUGGUUGACAUGUUUCUGGAUAUGGAGGCAGCCACAGGCAAAGAGGUGGAGUUGUGUAUGGAAUGCAUCGACUGGGCAAAAGAUGAGAAAAGAACUUUCCUGCGACAGGCAUUAGAGGCUAGACUGAUAGCAUUGUACUUUGAAACCAAGAAGUACCAGGAAGCCCUUGUACUCACCUCGUCGUUGCUACGUGAACUGAAGAAGCUAGAUGACAAGGCCCUGCUGGUGGAGGUACAGCUACUGGAGAGCAAGGUCUACCACGCCCUGUCCAAUCUGCCCAAGGCUCGGGCUGCCCUCACCUCCGGCCGUACCACUGCCAACGGCAUCUACUGUCCUCCUAAACUACAGGCCUCUCUGGACCUGCAGUCAGGAAUCUUGCAUGCUGCGGAGGAGAGGGAUUUCAAGACGGCUUACUCAUAUUUCUAUGAAGCGUUUGAGGGCUAUGACUCCAUCGACAGUCCCAAAGCUGUGACGGCCCUAAAGUACAUGCUGCUGAUGAAGAUCAUGCUAAACACUGCUGAAGAGGUGCAGGCUAUCGUGAGUGGGAAGUUGGCCCUCAAAUACUCGGGUCCCGCUGUGGAAGCCAUGAAGUCCAUCGCCACGGCCAGUCACAAACGCUCUCUCGCAGACUUUCAGAAGACGCUGGCCCAGUACAAAGGACAGCUGGAGGAUGACCCCAUCGUGUCGGCCCACCUCAAGACCCUGUAUGACAACCUGCUAGAGCAGAACCUGUGCAGGAUCAUUGAGCCUUUCUCCAAGGUUCAGGUGCAGCACAUUGCCAAUCUGAUCAAAUUGCCAACGGCCAAUGUAGAGAAGAAGUUGUCCCAGAUGAUUCUAGACAGGAAAUUCCAUGGUAUUUUGGACCAAGGUACAGGGGUGCUAGUUGUGUUUGAUGAGACCAACUCCGACAAGACAUAUGAGAACGCACUGGACACCAUACAUGAUAUGGGCAAGGUGGUGGACGCCCUGUACAACAAGGCCAAGAAGUUGUCCUAAACCUGUGAGAUGUUCUAGGGGGACGUUUUGGAAGAGAUAUAUGUCUGUAAACAUAAUGCAUUGCAUGAUUGUAAAUAUGACAUGGUUUCAUAGUUUCAGCUGCUAGUAAGGUUCAAGACUAUAAUUAAACUUAUUAAACAAAAUAUAUAUUACUUACAUUUGUGAUAAAGAUGUGUACUGAUUCUACUUGGGUUUCAGAAGAUUUGAUUUCAUAUAAACAUUUGUGUGUAUUAAUAGAAAACAAAGAACUGCAUAAUAAUUCUAAAAAGAAUGCUGUUUACAUUUACUGUUUACAUGUUGUAGUAAUGUCAGUUGCAUUUCUAAAUGAAGGUAAUGUUUAUUUGUUUGCUUAUUUAAAUACAAUUUAAAAAAAUA